UGGAAGAAUGACCCCCUCCUCCCGUGACUCUAUGCCCCUUUUAAUACAGCUCAAGGCCUUAUUUGCCCUUGAUAGUGUUGCUAUAAUAGUUUGCAAUCAAUGACAAGUUUCUGUCUUAAUCAAUCAUUUUUGUGUGUCUGUUAAUAGCAAGAAAUUACUAAGUGUGGCUUUUCCCAGGCAGUAUUAUAAUUUAUGUCAAAUUUUUUGUAGACUUGUGAACUGUGGAACUGUUUAAUACCAUAUUUAUCCACAUUAUUAGCAGACACUGGACUUCACUGCACCAGACACUUCCAUUAAAGUCUUUGCCUUGCCAGUAGCAACGCUGGAAUAAUUACAAGCACAGGUUCUUAGUAUAUCUUGAAUGUUUCCUGAUCAAAUCAAACAGCAGAGACCCAUAAUGCGUGACAUCCCACUUGAUAACUCCCUACAUAAAUCCUUGAAGAAAGCAGAAUACAGUAUGGGAGGUGGGUUUUUACACCCCAAUCAUGUCAAUAGCAAGAGCCUAAUUUAGGAUAGAGAAGGAUGCUCACGAUUAAAUCAUUGGGCUUACUUUAUAGAUGCCAUUGCUAUGGAAGUGUAUGUCAUCCCAGGUUACAAAAAAGAAUGUUUGGUAGUCAGGGUUUAUCAUACUGGAUGAAUGGAAACAAUUUCAAUCAAGAGAAAAUCAUAGUUAAUGUGAACUGGGCAUAUAAUUCACUUAAGGAUGUAUAUCAGCAGGGAGCAUGUUUACAAAACUUUACAAAGCAUAACUAAAUAUUUUAAAUCAUACUAUUUGUCUACCAAGAAAUCCAUUUUUUUAAGAUUUGCCUGGUACUUUUGUCCAGAACACGAACAUCCUGCCAUUCAUGUUACGAAUGGUGCAACUGACAGUAGAGCAUACGUAGGCCAUCAUUAAAGAGAUAGUGACGCCACAAUUAUUUACAAAAUUUUCUUAAAACUAUAAUAAUUUAUUUUUUUCAUGUUCUUUAUAUUUGUUACAUGAAGAAUUUGCCUGAUUUAUAGUAAUAAUAAAAUGUUCUGUUUAACCAUAUAUUUUACAGUGGUCCAAUACACCUGCUGCCAUGUGGGUCCUUCUACUGUUACUUGUGCCUCUGAGCCUCCUGUAUAGGUGGUACAAGGACAGAUAUAUUUUGGAAAAUCUAACUGAUAAAUAUGUGCUUAUUACGGGCUGUGAUUCUGGAUUUGGGAACCUGUUAGCAAGAAAGCUGGACAGACGUGGGUUACAUGUGUUGGCAGCCUGUCUGACUGAUAGAGGGGCUGAAGAACUAAAAAAGCAGACAUCAAGCAGGCUGCAGACAGUUCUUCUGGAUGUAACUGACAGCAACAGUGUGAAAUCUGCAGUAAAGUGGGCCAGCCAGACUGUUGGAGAUAAAGGGCUCUGGGGCUUAGUGAACAAUGCAGGAAUCAGUUUUCCUUGUGCUCCAAAUGAAUGGUUAACCAAAGAAGAUUUUAUAAAGAUUGUGAAUGUAAACCUGCUAGGCCUAGUUGAUGUGACAAUCAAUAUGUUGCACCUUAUCAGGAAAGCCCGAGGGCGUGUGGUAAAUAUAGCCAGCGUGGCAGGUAGAAUAACUAUCUCUGGAGGGGGUUAUUGCAUGUCCAAAUAUGGAGUGGAAUCUUUCUCUGAUAGCCUCAGGCGUGAGAUGAGGCCGUUCGGUGUAAAGGUGUCUAUAGUGGAACCAGGCUUUUUUAAAACACAGUUAACAAACACAGACUUAAUAAAGCAAAGUUUAGAAAAGGCCUGGAACAACACCACAGAGGAAAUCCGCCAAAGCUACGGACAGGAAUACUUUAAAAAAUCGUGUGAGGCAUCUCAGACGAUUGUGCCAUUGUGCAAAGAAGACCUUUCAUUGGUGACCGACUGCUUGGAGCAUGCCCUCACUGCAGUAUAUCCGCGGACACGUUACUCUGCUGGCUGGGAUGCAAAGCUGCUCUUCUUGCCUCUUUCCUAUUUUCCUACAUCGCUAGUAGACUUUGUGUUAGGUAUUGCUAAUCCUAAACCAGCCCAAGGAGUAUGACUGCAACUGUAUUUCAUUGUUAACAUUAGGGGGUGGAUUCACUUAUGGGCGAAUUUUCACCAGCGUCAGCUUCGCACACCUCGCACCACUUCGCCAGGCGCAAAUACGCUACAACUACACCAAUUCACAAAUAUGCAAAG